UUAGUUGGUUCCUAUAGCUCAAACAUGGAAGAAGACAAGGAAGAGGUGAAGACGAUGGUCUCAUCACAACCAGAAACAGAUAUCCAACUCACCAAUGUUGAUGUGAAACAGUACUCUUCUCCAAAUGACUUAGAGACCUUCUACGUCAAACUCACUGACUUGUUGGACUCUUCUGGAUACAAUCUCAUUUUGAAUGUCCGAAAAACUUGCUUAGACUUGUACCUGUUUUACAUGGAAGUCACCAAAAGAGGAGGUUAUCACCAGGUUCGUAAGGAAAAGAAAUGGGGUGAAAUUGUUUCAGCACUGAAACUGGAAGGAAACAAUGCAAGGCUAUGUACUCAAGUUCAAAAGCUCUAUGGAAAGCUUCUAUACAAAUUUGAGAAACUUUACUUCUACAGGUUUCCUGCGUCUCAAACUGCAUCUGGCAGCACCAAAGCUAAAAGGAAGCAGGGAUCAACAUCAAGUUUAUCCCAAUUAGUGGAUGAUGGAGAUUAUCCGACAGCGGCAGAGAUAUCCAAGGACUGCCCUAUCAAUGUGACAGCAAUACCUGAAGUGCAACUACAGACACCAUCAAAGGACAAAGAAAAGAAGAAAAAGCGAGGUUGUCCAACGGGACGAAGUGGAUAUCAAAUUUUCCUCAAGCAGGAAUGUGCGCGAUUAAAAGCUUCUGGUCAGGACAUAGAUGGCAAGCAUAUCCUGCGCGUGGCGGUGGAAGAAUGGAAUAAGUUGUCAGACAUUGAUAAACAGCCAUAUGUGGAGGAAAGCAAGAAGAUGAAGGAACAAAAGAAGGAAGCAAUGAUGACUGAAAAUAAUAAACAGAAGAGCACUCUAGAUCUUAACAAGGAUGAAAAGAAGGCUAAUCUGUGUUGUGGUGACUACUACUGUGUAACUUUGCAACCUCAAGCAAAUAACCCUCUUGUCAACAAUGCAGCAGUGGAUUUGGCUUAUAAAAUGACAGAAAAAACAUCCAAAGAUCCCUUCUUCCCAUUUGAUCUGGAUGCUUAUCGUUCCGUAGAUUUGCUAACCGGGUUAGCAAUCGGAGAACCCAAAUAACUGUACUAGUUACUGGGCAAGUCUUUUUUGGUUUUUGAGGCAAUGCUAAGCUAUUGCCUGUGGCUGUGCAUCAAGUAGUUUUCCCUUUUUGUGACUCAAACCAAGCUAAGCUGCUGUGUAUUUAUAGUUUUGAAACAGCAGCAACCAAGUUUGAUGAAUAGACAUCAAUGUUUGCACUAGUGAAGUAUGUAUAUAUAAACCUUAUAUAUAACUUAUGGAGGCUUGUCUUGUAAUGCUAAACUUUGUUGGCUUGGUUAACCUUUAUGA